AUGGGCACGUGCUUCUCUCACCUUUGGAGAACCUUGCUGGCAUCGAGGAGCCACUCGUUCGAGAUAAGGCGAGUAGUCUUCUGGACUGCUUUCAAUGCCACCGCUGACUCGUUCCAGGCCGUCGAGUCGCUGAACAAGGUCUGCGAACAACUCGAGCAGCAACAAAUCGAGCAGCACUUCAUCCCUCUCGUGGUGCGCCUCUCAAAAGCAGACUGGUUCACUUCAAAGAUCUCGGCCGCUGGACUAUACAACACGCCAUACCAGCACGCUACACCUCAAUCGCAGGAAGGGCUUCGACAGCACUUCUCCGCGCUCGUGCACGAUGAGACGCCUAUGGUCAGGAGACAAGCCGCGAGCAACUUGGCCAAAUUCGUGAAGAGCAUGCCGGCGGCGAUCGUGAUUGACGAGAUGAUUCCACUCUUCCAGCAUUUGGCGGCCGAUGACCAGGAUAGUGUGAGGCUGCUUACCGUGGAGGUUCUGAUCGCGAUCGCGGAGGCGGUGCCGAAAGAGCAGCAGAGCAGUCAUGGUGUGUUGUUGAACGCGUUGAGGAGUCUGUUCGAGGACAAGAGCUGGAGAGUGCGAUACAUGGUGGCGGACAGAUUUGAAAAGGUCGCAAAGGCGGUAGAUGAGGAGGUGGUUGCGAGAGACCUUGUGCCGGCCUUCAUCAAGCUGUUGAAGGAUGCAGAGGCGGAAGUCAGGAGUGCUGUUGCAGGGCAGAUACCAGGCUUCUGCCAACUUGUCGAGCACCAAACCCUCCUCCGCGACAUCAUGCCAGCGAUUGAAGACCUCGUUACCGACUCCUCCCAGCACGUUCGCGCCGCCUUUGGCAACCAGAUCAGCGGACUCGCCCCCAUCCUUGGCAAGCAAGAGACGACCGAACACCUCCUUCCAAUGUUCCUGCAGAUGCUCAAAGACGACUUCCCGGAUGUCCGCCUCAACAUCAUCUCCAAGCUCGAGCAGGUCAACAAUGUUAUCGGCAUCGAGUUGUUGUCGCAGUCUCUCCUCCCGGCGAUCGUACAGCUGGCGGAGGAUAAGCAGUGGCGUGUGCGGUUGGCCAUUAUCCAAUACGUGCCGCUGCUCGCAUCCCAGCUGGGCGUGAAGUUCUUUGACGAGAAGCUCAGCAGUCUGUGCAUGUCCUGGCUCGGCGACACCGUCUUCAGCAUUCGCGAAGCCAGCACGCAGAAUCUGAAGAAGUUGACGGAGGUGUUUGGGGUUGAGUGGGCCAGCAGCGCUAUUGUCCCCAAGGUCGCCGCCAUGGCCGAACACCCCAACUACCUCUACAGAAUGACCACCUGCUUUGCUGUGUCGACCCUCGCCCCCGCCCUCUCCCUCCCCGUCCUCGCGCGCUCCGUCGUCCCGAUCCUCCAACAACUCGUCUCCGACCAGAUCCCCAACAUCCGCUUCAACGUCGCCAAGUCCUACGCCGUGCUGAUCGACAUCCUCAAGCGCCUGCCCGACUCGCCGAGCGCGACCAUCGUGAGCAUGGAGAAGGAGGGCGUGACUGACUUCCCCGGGAGUGCGAAGGGCGAGCAGUUGAUAAGGGAGGAGGUGAUGCCGCAGUUGGAGAAGCUGAUGGAGGAUGAUGAUGUGGAUGUGCGGUUUUUUGCGACGACAGCAGCGAAGAGGUGGACGGACGGAUCAGAAAUGGAGACCUGA